AUGAUGCAGAUGGAUAAUAAUGACACGCUGGACCUAAUGUCGACGGGUCCUCCUUCGGGUCCGGCUACGAUGGGUCCUCUCCCAGAGGACAACAAACAGGGGUUAUUGAUUGGCAUCAUUGCUAUGUUCUUCACGAUUGUUGUUACGUUUAUGCUCAUUAGAGCAUAUGUCAGAGGUUAUGUGUUGAAAGCUUGGGGGCUCGACGACUCCUUUUUCAUUGUAUCCGGAUUCCUCAUCAUCGCUCAAGGAGUGGCAGCUGUUCUCAAUUCUACGGACGGAUCACUCGGUUUCCAUAUUUGGGAUACAUCGAUUCCCCGAUUGCAGAAGAACGGCGACUACCUGAUGGCAACCGUCCUCAUUUCCCAAGUUGCCUUUACCACAAUCAAGGCGACAUUUCUUCUACAAUACCGAAGGGCAUUCGCCAUCAAAUCAGUGCGCCUGUUUUGCGACGUCUUCCUACUCGUCAGCGUCGUGUUCCUGGUGGGAACACUGAUAUCAGGCGGCAUUGUAAUUCAGAAAUUCCUCGACGACGAGUCCACGUCAGGACCCUUCCUCAUAUGGGGUUACACAAACGCUGCCGUACACUUUGCCACGGACAUCAUCAUCUUCAUUCUUCCUCUGCCCCUCGUCGCCCCACUACAGCUAGCGACCAUGCAGAAGGUUGGCUUGAUUGCUAGCUUCGCCGUUGGCAUCCUCACAGGUGCGAUAUCCGUCAUGAAGAUGGUCACCCUCCGCGCCGGAAUCGAGUCCGAAGAUUCAUUGUACGACGCGGUUCCCCUCGUGAUGAUCAGCAUGGCCGAGCCGACUUGCGCGUUGAUGUGCGCUUGCGUACCCAUUUUGCGACCGCUGUUGUGCUGUUCACCCGGUUCGCGUGGCUCUUCCCGGGGCUCUCGCAAGUACUCCUCGAAAGGAACAGACAGCACUGGCACAGCAGCCAACAGCACCGCGACACCAAGCAUGCCUCCACAAUCGCCGAUGAACCCGUCCUUUCCCAAAACGUCUCGUGGGGAGGACGUCGGCGGCGGUGUUCACGGAGACUUGGAAGGUUAUCUGUCCACUCAACAGGUUAUGGAGCUUAAUGCCAUCGAGUCCAAGACGCCGAAGUCUUUUGUUCUCGCGACAACGUCUUCUAGAUCGCAAUCGUAG